AUGUCUGAUACUAACAGUUUGUUAACUAUAGCAAAAAAAGCUCGUAAUUCUGGGAUACUAUUGUCUUCAACAACACAGCAGGAGCGUAAUAAAAUAUUGAAGACAAUAAUUGAAGAAUUAGAGAAUCGUCGUUCAACUAUAUUAUCUGCUAAUGAUGAAGAUCUAUGUCUGGCUAAGAAAAAUAAUAUUUCUAGUGUGAUGCAAAAACGUCUCCAAUUUAGUGAACAAAAAUUAAAUAGUUGUAUAGUUGGUAUUAACGAUGUGAUAUCAUUUGAAGAUCCUCUAGGUAAAAUUACUUUAGCUAGAGAAAUAACAAGCAAUGGUUUACAACUAUUUCGUAAGACUUGUCCGAUUGGAGUAUUAUUAAUUAUAUUUGAGGCUAGACCAGAAGUUGGCAUUCAAAUUGCCUCACUUGCAAUUAAGAGUGGCAAUGCACUGAUUUUAAAAGGUGGUAGUGAGGCUCAUAAUACCAAUAGUCAAAUUGUGGAGGCAAUAAAAGCUGCAUUAAGGAGAGUAACAACAACUAACAACAGUAUCAAUGAAGAUAUUGUCCAAAUUGUCUAUACACAUGAACAAGUUCAAGGUCUCUUGAAGAUCUCCGAAUAUAUAGAUCUUGUAAUACCACGUGGAUCUGGACAAUUAGUUAAUAUUGUCAAGCAAAAUACUUCUAUACCUGUAAUGGGGCAUGCUGAGGGAGUUUGUAUGGUUUAUGUAGACAGAGACUACGAUAAUGAAAAAGCAUUGGAUAUAGUUAUUGAUAGUAAGACAGACUAUCCAGCAGCUUGCAAUGCGAUGGAAACAUUACUAGUGCAUAAGUCUAUAAUUUCAUCUUUCUUACCAUUAUUAUCAAAGCGUCUAGAAGAGAAGAAUUUUGGAGUUACAUUCUAUGCCGAUGACUAUUGUAUUAAUUUCUUACCUAAGGACAAAACUAAAAGUGUAACUGAAGACUUACUUAGUCAUGAAUUUAGUGGACUCAGUAUGUGUGUGCUUUCUGUAUCUAAUAUUGAUGAAGCUAUUAAGCAUAUUAAUGAGUAUGGUUCCCAUCAUACAGAUGCAAUUGUUACAAGUAAUCAAGGGAAUGCUGAGUUGUUUGCAAACAAAAUUGAUUCAGCUGACGUCUUUAUAAACUGUUCUACAAGGUUUGCAGAUGGUUUUAGAUUUGGAUUUGGAGCUGAAAUUGGUAUUAGUACGGGGAGAAUUCAUGCAAGAGGUCCUGUAGGUUUAGAGGGACUUUUAACUUACAAAUAUAUACUGAAAGGUAAUGGGCAAACUGUUGGUCAAUAUUCUCAAGGUUUAUUUCAAUAUACAAGGAAUGAAAUCAAUCUUUCUAAUAAUCAAAUAUGCUAA